GCAUAGCGUGACGUAAUAAAACAACAAGGCAGCGAAGUUUUAUUAUUGUGCGUUUGAGCAAUUUUAGAGCAUUUUAUCGCCUUUUUUCCCUUGAAAAUCAUGACUAUUUUGCCCAAAAAGAAACAUCCGGAUGGAAAGAAGAACGAGGGGAACAACGGCAACGAUUUGCGGCACUCUAGGUCGCGAAACAACUGCGCUAGAACUAGCGGAGAGCGAGCGAACAGAUCAUCUGACGAGAUAAACGAAAGCGCCGGGUAUCGAGGUGGAAACUUGGAGCUUCGCGGCACUUCGGAAAGCUCUAGCAACGGGAAAAGACGCUAUAGGAACUCGACUAACGACUACAGACGUCGAGACGAGGCAGGGUAUAAUAGCGAGGACGAAUACGACGUUUGCGAGAGCAACGAACAGCCCACGGAAGAGGUUAGACCUCAUGACUUUCACAUCAAAAGUGCUUAAUAUGAAAUUUUUCGUUUAGUUCCUGUCUUAGGCAAUGUCGUUUCUAUCUUACUGAAAGGGUUUCCUAUCUUCCCUUAAGGUCGAGAAACAGUUUGAAAAGAUUUUGAAAGAAAAAAAGGGUUUUGUGAUUAAAAAAACUGUGGAAGACGGUGCUUGUCUUUUCAGGGCUGUGGGUAAGUUUGGAAAGGAAAUCUGGAAUGCCAGAUUGCCUUGGGAGAGGCUAGGGGGACGGGAAAUACCAUUGUAUCUAGUACUUAUCAAGUUUGGGGAUUUGUUGGAUAGUUGCUACGAAUAUACUUCAAUUUCUACAUGAGGCAUAGCAAUGUACAAAAUUUUAUGUGUGUACAUUAUUGAAUAGUUUGUUUCAUUGUAGGAAAUGCUAAUAUAGAUAAGAAAGCUUGGCAUUGGGGGGGAUGCAUCGGCAACUACCUGAGAAUACAAGGAGAACUUUAGUUUCGAUUGAAGGCACGUUGUCAGGAAUUUACCGGCGAACAAAGUGCCUUCUCUCGAAAUGUUGAAUUUCUUAUAUUUGUCAGAUAUUUGCAUCUUUAUCAAUCCAAAACUUGCAUUAUUGAAUAGCAUCUAGUGCAAUACUUCUGACUUUGCCAAAUCGGUGGGUCUCGGCAAGCGUUACAUCGCAGCAGACGAUGGUCGAUUUCAAAACUGUUGACAUCCAGAUACGAGCAAGAAAGUUAAACUAUAUCUCUCGAUUUUUAUUUAUUUUACUCCAAAUAUAAAACUGCUACGUAUAUUCAAAAGAAUUUCGAACAAUCCGUGCCAGGGUGGGUAGCGACGGUAGCAUGACAGCGACAGAUCGAGAGGGAUAUAACUAUGUGAAAAAUAUAACCAGAACUUUGAUGUUUCAGGGCGCAAAAUAAUGGCCGGUCAACGGAUUAAUGUCCAGCUUGAAUGCUUAGUUGUCCGGUCAAAUUCUUACCUUGCCGGUCAUUUUGACCUGUCACUUUAGGUAAAAGAACAAACUAAUCUUCAUAAAUUUUAUAAUCAAAAUACAGUUGUAAUCAAAAUACUGUUGUAAUAUUAUAAUUAAGAACCAUAAUAUGUUGUCGAAUAUUUUGCGGGAAAAGAACUUCAAUAGGGGUGCACCGGAUUUGGAAUUUUCAAAUCCGGCCGGAACCGGAUUUACUGGACUUGGACAAAAAUUCCGGCCGGAUUUGUCGGAUUUGAGAUAGAUAGAUAGAUAGAUAGAGACUUUAUUUAAAGAGGGUGACACUUAAUAGUACAAAGUACUAAUGAACUUGUGGCCCUCAUAAAAUUUACAAAAAUAUGCGAGAUAAACCGGUAAUGGGGACAAUUGGGCAUAAAUCAGUAUUCAAAAUGGUGGUUUAUGUUUUUUACGUUUUUUUGCACCCCUAAACUUCAAUGUACGCAUUCCCACGCAGUACGUCACAAAGCCCAAGGACAUGCUUUUGGCUUAAGAGUUAAGGCCAUGGUUUUAGCGCAGUGCAAGUUGUUUUAUGUGAGGGGCAUUUUAAAUUACUGAUUACAGUAAGGCUUUUUGUAAUACUAUGCUGGUAAAUAGUCACAUUUUUAGGGGUAUACUUUACUAGGCUUUGCUUUAAGCUGAAUAAUUUGACCGGCCAGAAAUUCGGUAUGUCCAAGCUAAAAUUGAUUUGGCCAGUCACCUUGACCGGUGACCCUCCAGCCAUUAUUUCUCACCCUGCGUUUCGAGCGAAGGCCCUUCGUCGAUGACCUCCAGUUGACUGCAAUCCAGUGAAACCAAUCUAUUAAAUGUAGAACAGCUUGAUAUAUAUUUUGUCUGUAAAGAGCUAGUCGCAAUUGGAAAUUGAAAUUUAAGCCAUUUCAGAAAAUACUUCCUUAUAUAUCUUUAUGCAGGAAAUGAGUCAUUUCCUGCCCCCCCCCCCCCUGGGAUUUUGAAGUACAUUUGAUGAGGUCUUGAUGAGACACAUGUAAGAAUAGGCAACGUUUUUUGUUUAAUAAUUGAUCAAUCAUGGCACUAUAAAAAAUUGCCAAUUACAAAUUGUAUUGCUAACUGCCUGGAUACCCGAUAUGCUGGAUAAUAUAUAUAAGUUGGGAAAUAUCUGGCCGGAUAUUGGUUAUAUAAGGUUAAUCAUUCAAGAUUAAAUAAUUAUUUUCAUUUGUUAUAAAGUGACGGUGUUUAUAAUAUAUUGAUUUGAAAUGAUAGGAAAGAACUAAUUCACAGUCCUACAUCGACAAACAUGUUUAAGAAUUUAAAUUUGAAACCGAUUUUUUCACAUUUGCAAAUAAGCAUGAAAAAUCUUGAAAAUAUUACCAGUUUCUCUACGAUCAUUCUAAGUAAAAAUAUGGUAAAUACUCAUACUUUCUAAAUCGUAUGACAUCAUUUUUAACCUGAAAAGAAGGCCAGAAAUGUCCUGGGGUGUGUGGAUCUUUUCUGGAAUGACCCUGUAUAUUUUGACCUUUAGAUAAUUGUAUCUGUGUAAUAUAUUUGUGUUUUCAGCGGAUCAAGUUUAUGGUGAUCAAGAAAUGCAUUCAAUUGUGAGGAAACAUUGCAUGGACUACAUGGUAAAAUAAUUGAAAACUGAAAAUCUUUGUCUGUAAUGUGCUAGAUUCUUCCCAGCGUAAAAUUAG